AUGACGGCUGAAAUGGCUAGUAAACCGACAUACAUCCAGGUAUCUGACACUGCAGAAAAAACGUACCCAGAUGACAAUGCAAAAGAGAUGGUUGUCACGGUUACCAUCAAUGAUGGCGAUACGUUUCCAGAAACGGAAAGACAAAGUGCAGAAAGGCAAAGGUUUUCCGAAUGUAUAACAUCUUACAAAGCACCGGUUACCAAGGCGACGAAAGUCAUCAUUGCAGGAUUAUUUCUAGCAUAUGUUGGAUAUUCUAUGACAGUAGAAUUUGGAUCUGAAAAUUCUUUAAGACUUCUUAUUGGUACAAUAUUGUGGUAUCUCCUCAUCUCGUGGAAUCUGCUGAAGAAGUGGAACUGGUUUGCGAACAUCUAUUCUGAUAUACAGCAACUAAAAUGCCAAGGAAGAAUUCAGCUGAAAGUAAGAAAAUAUAUCAGAUGGGGUCUUUACAUCGCCAUGCUUGUGGUGAUCGGGUCUAUGGUAGGCACGGCUGUAGCGAGGGGUAACUUCCGGAAUCUGGUGUCAUUUGGAGGACUGGUUGUCUUUUUAUUACUGUUGUAUAUAACAUCACUGGACCGAGCCAAUAUAGCCUGGCACAGUGUAUUUUGGGGAUUCGGAAUACAGUUCACACUAGCCAUUCUAGUGCUGUACACAACCGUCGGGAAAGAUUCUGUCAUGUGGUGCAGCACUCGGCUUAGUGAAUUACUUGAUCAUUCUAAAAAGGGGUCAGAAUUCAUCUUCGGCAAAAAUUACCCACAGUUCUUUUUUGCUUUUGGAAUUUUACCGAAGGUCAUAUUCUUUGUUUCCACUGUGAGGGUGUUGACCUAUUUAGGGGUCCUUAGAUUCAUCAACAGAAAUCUUGGUUCCCUACUAGCGUUUUGUACAGGAACAAGUAACCCGGAGUCGAUAUGCGCUGCCGCCAACAUAUUUGUAGGAGGGGGACAAGCCAUACUUUUUAUAAAAGAGUACCUUAACUACCUGAGCGAACCGGAGAUAUUCUGUGUGUUUGUGGGAGAUGUUGCCUCUAUCGGUGGUGGCGCAGUGGUGCUGUAUUCAGGAUAUGGGGUGCCAGUAAGAUAUCUCAUAUCAGCUUCUGUGUUGUCUGCCCCUGCUGCCUUGGCUGCUGCUAAGUUGAACUACCCGAGUUCGCCAUCCUGGUCAUUAACAGGAGAUAAUGGUAAAAAGGACGAAAUUGAAAGAACGGAAUCAAAUGUACUGCACGCUUUGUCACUUGGUGCAAGACAAGGGUUAAGAUUCGUGUCAAGUAUUGCGGUGAACAUAUUGGUUCUCUUGGCGGUAUUGGAUUUAACUGAUACUUCUCUACAAUGGUUCGGAGCCAGGGCUGGAUUGGAAAACUUUAAUUUUGAAAGUAUUUCAUCAUAUCUAUUUUAUCCUUUUGCUUUCCUGAUGGGCGUGGAUGUGCAGGAUUGUUUCAGAGUCGCGAAUCUACUUGGUUUAAGGAGCCUGAUUGAUUUAUCCAUAUCCUAUAUAAGAAUUGGCGAAUACUUUCGGAACAAAGAAGUCUUUACCGAGUAUUCAUCAUUAUUCAAUGACACCGUGUUCUAUCAAGACUCGUAUGACAUAUUUUUACCCCAGUGGAACCAAACUCUCGUUCGAGGCAUUUUAUCGGACCGUUCCGAGGUGAUCACUGCCUAUGCUUUGUGUGGAUUUGCCUCGUUAUCGUCGCUUGGUAUUAGCAUUGGUUCAAUAUCGGUACUGGCUCCGUCAUACAUUGGUGCUGUCACAAAGCUCGCCCCUCGGGCUGUUAUUGUCGGCACCAUAGCUUGCUACUUCACUGCAUGUGUUGCUGUCAAUUCGGCCCUAGAUGAGCGAGGUUCUGUGGCCCACCUCUUUCCGAUGAAGUACUGGUCCGCUGCGGCAUAUCUAGAUGGCUUCCUGAACUCCAAUCUUCUACUGGUUGUGUUAUAA